GUAGCAUUGAAGCUUCAUAAUUCCUUGUAAAGCUACAUCACUUGAAUUGUAGGUAGCUACAUUCUAAUUAGUGGAAUAACAUGUAAUCAUAUUCGAAAUUUGCGUCCCUUUUCUGCCUUCUACCAUUUCUCCAUAUGCGGUUUUUAUGGAAGUAAAGUGAACUCGCCCCUGACUAUGUGACGAAAACCGGAUAAGGAGCUUCCCGAGCUUGGACGCAUGGACAUGACAGCAUCGUGCGCCUUCACCUCAACCCGAUAGCAUUCUAUAACUUCCCUACAGUCCAUUAUUUUCUCCGAACCGUUUACUUCGUGAUAAUAUUAUACAUGAUUCUCCCAUUCCUUCACUAAUACCUACGUAGUCUACCUAUUACUCGGUCCGAUUAUCCUGCUCAACGUCUUACAGUUCGUUAAACACCCCUGUUUCAGUCAACUUCAACGGUUGCUCUCAACAAAGCAACCUCAUCUGAACCGAACUCCGAAAAAUUCCACGCUUGCUUGAUUUAGAAACAUACAACCGCAUUUAGACAGCAUCACACGUAACAUCUACUACCCAUCACAAUGUCCGAACUCCAACCUCCGACCACCAUCACCCUCCGCGCGCCCUCUAAGUACCUCUCCAAUCCGUCCGAACCACCCACCGAAACUCCAUUCUCCGCGCCCCCACUCCCCUGGCUCCGGCGCACAUGGACCGUAACACAUUCCACGCUCUCAAUGUGGCGCUCGGCACAGAACGUGCGCAUAACCUAUAAGCCGUAUAAAGACCCCUCGUCCGCUACCAACGAUAACUUAGUCGAGUAUGAAAAGUCCAAUGGCAAGGGUGGCGUCAAAAGCGUUGAAGGUAUUGAGAAGCCGGAUAAGAGUAUACCCGCCGCCUGGAACUGGCGCGGGAAAGGUUUGCUCGCGAUCGCGAGCAGUCAUUGGGAAGUUCUUGGAUGGGGUGAACGGCCAUUACCUACGACGGGUGAUGGGGAGGGAAACGAAGCGGAGGGGGGGAAGACUGAGCGCUGGGCCGUAACAUGGUUUGCGCCGACGCUGUUUACGCAGGAGGGGGUUGAUAUAUAUAGCGACUUGAAAGAGGGGUUGAGUAAGGAGACGGCCGAUGAAAUUAUUAAGGCGUUGAAGGAAUUGAAAGAUGCCCCGAAAGUAGUGGAAUUGGUUGAGAAGCAUAUACAAGAGGUUGCGAUCAGCUUGCCGUGGAAGCAGUGAUGAAAAUUUCGAACAAUUAGUCAUGUUGGAAGUCCGGAAGCAACGAAUCAGAGGUUUGGAUGCUUUUAAUGAUACCCCUAGAAACACAGGACAAGUAAUGCUAUGAAA